AUGGCACCUGCUCCAAUCGAGCCCACCAUAACCGACUUUGUGGUCCCCAAGAAAGACACCCUGGGACUGCCCGACCCGGCAUACAACCGUCUCAAGAAAGCCGGCAUCGACCUCAGCGAAGGCUACCCUUACCGUCCCAACCGCCCGCUCUACCUGCAAGACGUAUACAACAUUCGAAACCAAGACCGUCCGCACAACGAUGCCGGCGCCCGUGCCGACAAGUCUAAAUCCGCCCUGUUGAGUGCCGCGACGAAAGUCACAGACCUGACCGCCUACAUUGGCACCGAGAUCGAAGGACUGCAGCUGAAGGACCUGACGGACCAGCAGAAGGACGAGCUCGCCCUGUUGAUCGCGGAGAGGAGCGUCGUGUUCUUCCGCGACCAGGACCUUUCGCCCCAACAGCAAAAGGAACUAGGUGAAUACUACGGCGAGGUGGAAGUUCAUCCCCAAGUGCCUCAAGUCCCCGGCAUUCCCGGCGUGACGGUCAUCUGGCCUGCUCUCCAGGCGCAAGAAUCCGCCGCCAGCUUCCGCAAACCGGGCGGCGCCUCACGGUGGCACACGGACCUCGUGCACGAGCGCCAACCGGCCGGCAUCACGCACCUGCACAACGACACCGUGCCCCCCGUGGGCGGCGACACGCUGUGGGCCUCGGGCUACGCGGCCUACGAGAAGCUGUCCCCGGCCUUCCGCACCAUCAUCGACGGCAGGUCCGCCGUCUACCGCUCCGCUCACCCUUACCUGGACAGGGACAACCCGACGGCCGGGCCCAAAUAUAUCGAGCGCACGCACCCGUUGGUCAGAGUCCACCCGGCGACGGGCUGGAAGGCCCUGUGGGUGAAUCGCGCCAUGACGGACCGGAUCGUCGGGCUCGAUCGGGCGGAGAGCGAUUUGAUCCUCGGGUAUCUGUGCGAUGUGUAUGAGGGGAACGUGGACAUCCAGGUGCGCUUCCGCUGGACGCCCGGCACGAGCGCCUUGUGGGAUAAUCGGAUCACGAUCCACAACGCGAGCUGGGACUAUGCGGGCGCGUACCCCCGGCAUGGCACGCGUGUGACGUCCCUCGCUGAGAAGCCUUACUUUGACGCGAACGCCCCGACUAGAAGACAGGCGUUGGGCCUACUGGGUCCGGACGAGCAGCAGGUUGAUGGCAUUUUGGUGGAUGGAUAG